AUGCUAAACCCUGACGGUGUCAUUUAUGGGAAUUAUAGAUGCUCACUGUUAGGAGUUGACUUGAACAGAAGAUGACUCCAUCCCAAUAGGCACAUGCAUCCCACGAUAUGAUACACAAAAAGACUUAUACAGUCUAUGAGCGAGGAUAGAGAAGUGUCCAUGUAUAUUGACUUCCAUGGCCACUCGAUGAAAAGAAACGUGUUCAGCUAUGGCUGCAGAGAAAUAGGGAAAGAUCUAGACAUCAAAAAGACCAAUUUUGUAGCCAAGAUGGUGCCUGUUUUGAUGUCUAACCGAAAUAAGCUCUUUAGCUUGAGUGACAGCAAAUUUCGCAUUGAGAAAUGUAAAGCAGGCACUGCAAGAGUUGUGGCAUUCAAAGAAAUGAAAAUAAUAGCAAGCUACACAAUAGAAUCGUCGUUCUUUGGACCGUACCACAGUGCAUGUCUAGAAAACCGAGUCCCUUAUAAAGGAGAAGUCUCAAAAGACCCUCAUAUAGAAAAGCAUCACUUAUACUAAUUGACCAAGAAUAGCCCACUAUGGAGCCAUUCUUGGUCUGCCAGAAAAAAUUUUGACAAAAAGAUCCUAAUCUGCCAUUACCACUGAGUUUUGGUGUUUCCAAAUUUUUUGGGCAAGCCAAAUGCAAUAAAAAAAAUUGUUCUUUUGCGAUGAUGCAUUUGGCUUGUCAAAAAAAUUUGGAAACACCAAAACUCAGUGGUAAUGGCAGAUUAGGAUCUUUUCUGCCAUUACCACUGAGUUUUGAUGUUGCCAAAUUUUUUGACAAGCCAAAUGAAUCAUCGCAAAAGAACAAUUUUUUUUAUUGCAUUUGGCUUGCCCAAAAAAUUUGGAAACACCAAAACUCAGUGGUAAUGGCAGAUUAGGAUCUUUUGUCAAAAUUUUUUCUGGCAGACCAAGAAUGGCUCCUUAGUGGGCUAUUCUUGGUCAAUUAGUAUAGCUACUAUUGGAAAAGAUGUCUGUAAGCUCUUGACUACUUUUAUUAGUGGAUUUUUGUUUAGAAGAAGGGCGAAAAGGGUCAUCAAAAUUCUUAAAAGCAGAAGAAAAGCAAAGGUUCAAGUUUGUGAAGAAGUCCAAGAAGAAGCUGAAGAAGAUAGUGAAAGCUCGAAUGGGUCAGAGUAUGCAAGUGAUGAAGAGGAUUUUAAUAUGAAUGAAGCCUUGAAUGGGUUAGACUACUCUUUUAUGUCUGAUAAUAGAAGUGAUGAAGAAGAUGAUAGCAGUGGUAGUGGAGGAUCAAAUUAUGCAAGCUCUGACAGAGAAGAUGUAUAUACACUCCCAACUGAAGAAUCUCCUAACUGCCCCCGUCCGUGAGCGGACAAAAAAAUUUGUUCGCUUACUAAAGGAUGUUAGUUUUUUUUUAAAAAAAUUUUAAAAGACAUUUUUAUAGUAAUUAUUUUUUCAAAAUAUAAUUGGAAAGUAAAAAUGAUUUAAUUUGUAAAUUUUUUUUAAAAUGCAAUCCGUUUUAAUUUCACAGAAUUUCUAGAAAUUUCAUUAUAUUAAUUGUCAUUUAUAAAAAUUUUUGUAUUAAAAAAUUUUUAUUUCACCUAAAAAUAGGGGUUUUUUCCAGUAGUUUUGCACUCUUAUGGAAGGAAGUAAAGAUGUUUUAAUGCCUCCACGGCUUUCAAGAAGAGAGCAGAAGCCGAUAAAGCGCUCAGGGUCUAAUGAAAGAGUGUCAAUAAUCAGGCCAGCCUCAGUUCAGCCUAGGAAAAACUCAUCAGCUGCACCUCUUGCGAAGCUCAAGCUGAGGGUUGUUGAGCAUUAUCCGAAUGUCCUGGACUCCCCAGCUCGAUUUGAUAUAAACGAGCAAAUUAACAAUGUUCACAAGAUGCUCAAAUUCCAGCACUCAGUGUCCAUAGCAAAAAGGGAUGCCAAAAAAGGGUUUGCACCGCUAAAAGCCAAAAUGUUCCUUGACCAGUCUUUGCAAGAGCCCAAAGUAAAGGUACCUCAAGUGAGAGUUACGAACACAGGAGGAGGAUUUAGGAGCUCUCCGGUACAAAUCAAAGGGGAUCAUUGAAACGCGAGCAACUCUUUUGUGAUCACCUCAUUUAAUACACCUGCUGUAGACCCAGAAAUAAUGAGGGUUAGAUCUAAGACUAGACAGGGAAGGAGCAUGUCACAACAAAAGCACGCUGGAUACAGGAUAUAUAAGAGAUUUGUAACUCCCCUUCUGUGAAUCAGUAAAAUCAUUGGAAAAUAAUAAUUUGGAAAAAACUACCCUCCUUGAGUGAGCAAUAUAUGUAACUCAUCUCGUGGGCUAUGGCCGUUAGACCCUACUUGCACAAUCAUCGAAAGGACUCUCUUACCAGGCUACCGCUCAGAGCAUCACAUCUCCAGGAAGCCGUUUCUAUCGUAAAGAAUAAUUAAUUUUUCUCAAUAGGCUUGCUAUAAGUGACGCCACCAUUUAAGGACCAACCAUUUUAAAUUUUUGUUUAGAAAUAUUUUUUUAUUAAAACUAUUUAUCGCUGAAAUCUCAGCGCUUCUCUCUUUUGUCUUCAUAAUUAAAUGAAUAAGAAAUAUAUUUUUAAAUAUAGCAAAUAGCUAUUAUAAUAAAAUCUCGCCUUAUUCUAAUUAAUUUUUCCAGUUUACAUUCUAAACAAGUUUUAUAUCAAAUUAUAUUUUCACUUUGCCAACUGAGAGUAUUUUUAAAUGAGCAAGCAAAAAUAUUUGCUCUCUUAUGGAGGGAAGUAAGAUAA